AUAAUAAAAAAAGUUAAGAAAAUAGCUGAUUUUUGAAAUGAGUGACCUCAUUCCUCUGUAAGCUGUACACGGAGUAUAUGUCCCUCCCUACGUGGCCAGCCUUUGUUACAACUGAGUCAUGCUUCAAGGUUUAUUAGUAAAUUAAUGUACUCUUGCUUGCUUUUAGAAAUGUAUUUAUUUUUAUAGUUGCUAUAUCUGACUUAAACCCACCAAACGUUGCCUUUCUUUAAGGCACAAAGAAAUGGAAGUCCCCCAGUUCCUGCUCUGACAGAGCUUACAAUCUAUAAGAAAAAUGUAAACAAUGUACAGUCGCAGUAGAAAACAUUUCAGCAUUAUGGUGAUCUGUCCCCAAAAUAAUGGUGCACAUUUACCUUAAGACUUCCGAAGAAAGUCGUUUCAAACUCGGUCCUUCCUCCUCAGCAAAGAGGGGCCUUAAGGACAGAGGAGGCUUGGACUGUGGGUCUGAAAUGUAUAAAGACAAUUAAAGCUGCUAAUGAAUUGAAUGAAAGCAGGGUUCCUCCCCUUGGUGCUGUUGACAUUUGGGGCCGGGUCAUUCUUUGUGGGAGUGGCUGUCCUGUGGAUGUGUGGAAGCAUUCCUGGCCUCCAUCUGUUAGAUGCCGGUAGCACCCUCCCUCUCCCCCACUGUGAUCAUCACAGAUGUCUCCAGAUACUGCCAGAUGUUCCCUGGGAGAUGAAAUCGCCCCUCUGCCCCACACAUGCAAACCAACGGACUCCAGGGCCCCUGGACGAAAGUAGUGGAGGAUGGGAACCCUUGACCACCAAGGCUGAUACAAAGCAGUGAGGAGCCUUUAGAACCAAGCAAAGAUAAUAUCUAAGUAGCUGCUGAAGAAGGUAAACUUGACAGCAAAGGAAAAAGGUAGAUUGGAGGAGUAGUGAAUGAACACAGCACAGGCUAAAUGUUUUGGGGUUAAUCUGCGUGUGAGGUGACAUGAUGAUGACCUGCAUUAGAGUCGUGGAAGUGUAACAGAAACUUCCAUGGUCAAGAUAUCAAAAGAGCCCAUCAGAAGGACAUGAACUUCCUGGGAAGUUAGCAGUAGAGUGUGAUGUGUGCUAAGAUAGAUAAGGAGGAGAUGGCCAAGAUGGUUGUUAGGGAGAUGAAUUUAGUUUUAAGGAUACUGAUAAUGGAAGGGUGGUGACACCUACCAGGCAGCAGCACAAAAGGCUGGACUGGGCUUCAGAGGAGUGACGAGGACUAAAGAUAAAGAUGUGGUAGUAGUGAUCUGCUUAGAGGUGAUGCUUGAGGGAAGAGUCUGCUGAAGUAAAAGAACAAGACUGACAGGAGUGGAGCAUGAGGACCGAGACAAGUGAAGAUUUGGUGGAGGGCUGGUGAAUAGAACAGCCAGCAAGGAAGUCCAUGAUGCACUUGAAGCAGCAGGAGGUGUAGGAAGGCUGAACACCUGAAAAGGGAAGGAGAAGUACACUCUAGAGGGGUCCAUAGGGCUCCGUGCUAUUGAGACAUCACGGGAGCAGUGGUAACCAGACUGAGAUGACCAGAGUCAGUGUGCCUCUCCCUGGGCCUGAGCAAAGUGGCACGCCACAGCCACAGCCAGCCCGGGAGAAGUUCUACAGCAUGGCUGCCCAGAUCAAGCUCCUCUUAGAAAUCCCUGAGAAGAUCUGGAGCUCGAUGGAAGCCUCCCAGUACCUCCACGCCACACAGCUGUACCUGCUCUGCUGCCACCUGCACAGCCUGCUCCAGCUGGAUUCUUCCGGCUCCCGAUACAGCCCUGUCCUCUCCCGCUUCCCCAUACUCAUCCGGCAGGUGGCAGCGGCCAGCCACUUCCGGUCAACCAUUCUGCAUGAAAGCAAGAUGCUGCUCAAAUGCCAGGCUGGGUCGGACCAAGCAGUGGCGGAGGCCCUGUGCUCUAUAAUGCUCCUAGAAGAGAGUUCUCCUCGCCAAGCCCUGGCAGACUUCCUGUUGGCCAGAAAGGCAGCUAUUCAGAAACUUCUCAACCAGCCGCACCACGGUGCUGGUGUCAAGGCUCAGAUUUGCUCAUUAGUGGAGUUGCUGGCCACCACUUUGAACCAAGCGCAUGCUCUUUUCUACACUUUACCGGAAGGGCUGCUGCCAGACCCAUCCCUGCCAUGUGGCUUGCUCUUCUCAACUCUGGAGACCAUCACAGGCCAGCAUCCUACUGAAAAGGGCAUCGGCGUUCUCCAAGAAGAAAUGAAGCUCUGCAGCUGGUUCAAGCACCUGCCGGCAUCCAUUGUCGAGUUCCGGCCGGCUCUGCGGACCCUCGCACAUCCCAUCAGCCAGGAGUACCUAACUGACACGCUGCAGAAAUGGAUCCACAUGUGCAAGGAAGACAUUAAAAACGGGAUCACCAGCCUGCUCAUGUUCGUGAAGAGCAUGAAAGGCCUGGCGGGGAUCCGGGACGCCGUGUGGGAACUACUGACCAACGAGUCCACCAGCCGCAGCUGGGACGUGGUGUGCCGGCGGCUUCUGGAGAAGCCCCUCUCGUUGUGGGAGGAUUUGAUGCAGCAGUUGUUCCUUGACCGAUUACAGACGCUGACAAAAGAGGGCUUUGACUCCAUCUCCAUGAGCUCCAGGCAGCUCCUCACCUCCGCCUUGCAGGAGCUCGAGAGCAGCACCAGCAAGUCCGCUUCCAACAAGCACAUCCACUUUGAGCACAACAUGUCUCUCUUCCUGUGGUCCGAGAGUCCCGGUGACCUGCCUCCCGAUGCCGCCUGGGUCAGCGUGGCGAGCCGGGGCCCGUUUGGCAGCAGUGGGCUCUCCAUGAAAGCUCAAGCUGUCAGCCCUUGUGUACAAAACUUCUGCGCUGCUCUAGAUGCUAAACUGAAGGUGAAACUGGAUGACCUCCUGGCUUACCUUCCCUCUGACGACUCGUCACUGCCCAAGGAGGUCACCCCCGUGCCAGCCAAGAGCUGUGCCUUCGACAGGUACGCAGACGCCGGGACUGUGCAGGAGAUGCUGCGGACGCACUCGGUGGCCUGCAUCAAGCACAUCACGGACUGCGUCCGGGCCGAGCUGCAGAGCAUCGAGGAAGCUGUGCACGGCCCGCAGAAGGCCCUGGGCCGUGACAAGCUGCAUGCGGUCCUUUUCAUGGCCAGGCUCUGCCAGUCCCUGGGAGAACUGUGUCCUCACCUGAAGCAGUGCAUCCUGGGAAAGUCUGGGAGCUCUGAGAAACCAGCAAGGGAUUCCAGGGCUCUGAAAAAACAAGGAAAGGGGAAAACGGAGAAAGUCCUACCUACGCAGGCCCAGUGGCAGGAAGUUAAGGAGCUCCUCCUGCAGCAGAGUGUGAUGAGCUACCGGGUCUGGAGCUCGGCGGUGGUGCAAGUUUUAGCUCAUGGAUUUGCCCAGUCAUUACUUUCAGAUGAUGCUGGCUCAGUCCUGGCCACGGCCACCAGCUGGGAUGAACUAGAAAUUCAGGAGGAAGCGGAGUCUGGCAGCAGCAUCACAUCCAAGAUCCGACUCCCUAUCCAGCCGUCCUGGUAUGUGCAGUCCUUCCUGUUCAGCUUGUGCCAGGAAAUUAAUCGGGUUGGAGGCCAUGCCUUGCCCAAGGUGACGCUGCAGGAGAUGCUGAAAAACUGUGUGGCUCAAGUAGUAGCUGCCUAUGAGAAACUCUCAGAAGGAAAAGAGAUGAAGAGAGAAGGUGCAUUUCCAAUGACCCAGAACCGGGCGCUGCAGCUGCUUUACGACCUGCGGUACCUCAGCACUGUGCUCGCAGCCAAGGGUGAAGAGGUGAAAAGUGGCCGCAGCAAACAUGACUCCAGAAUUGAGAAAGUGACUGACUACUUGGAAGCACUCAUUGAUCCCUUUGACCUGGAUGUGUUCACACCACACCUCAACAGUAACCUCACACGCCUGGUGCAGCGAACUUCUGUUCUAUUUGGACUGGUUACUGGUACAGAGAAUCAGUUCGCCCCCAGGAGCAGCACAUUCAACUCGCAAGAACCCCAUAACAUACUGCCGCUGGCAUCGAGUCAGAUCAGGUUUGGACUUCUUCCACUCAGCAUGACAAGCACUCGAAAGGCCAAAUCAACCAGCAGAAGCAUCGAAUCCAAAGCCCAGGUUGUCCCCCCGGCACUCUCCCGAGCAGAUGACCCGACGCAUCCCGGCUCCUUAUUCAGACAGUUUGUCAGUGAGGACGAAGACUCUACACCUUCCUUAUUCAAACUUGGUUGGCUCUCUAGUAUGACUAAGUAACAUGGGACAUGGCCAUCACUCUCUAAAUAAAUACUACUGCAUCAUUUCUA